UUUUCUCCCGUGAGUUGUACGCGCGCGUUCUUUCGUGAGGACCGGCUUCCGUGUCGUGCAGUCUUUAGGCCCUACAGCCACGAGAAACAGAACUAGUUGUGUUGAAAUAAGAACUAUUCCUCUUGGCAUCCCGUGGAUACCCGUAGAACGGGAGAGCCGCACUGUUCCACCAUGCGCCAUCGACUUUCGAGGUCGCUGGGACUUGUAAUAUUUAUAAUAUCAGCACAGGUGCAUGAAUCCCACGCAACACAUCAUCAUAUAAAAUUAAGGCACGGGAGGCAUCGCCGACAGCACGGCGAAAGUUAUCUGCCCAGCAGCUUCAUACCAGACACUGAUGAGCCCGAGAGAGGCAACUGGGGACCAUGGUCGACACCCAGUUCCUGUUCGCGCUCCUGCGGUGGCGGAGUCGCUCAUCAAACCAGACAAUGUCUCGACAUAGAUGACAGUGGUCAUGACAAGUGUACUGGUGCGUCAAGGAGAUUCUUCUCGUGUAACAUUCAAGAAUGUCCCAGUGAAUCGAAGGAUUUUCGUGCGGAGCAGUGCGCGGAGUUCAACAAUGUACCUUUCGAAGGAGUUUAUUACGAUUGGAUUCCAUACACCGGAAGUCCAAAUAAAUGCGAACUAAAUUGCAUGCCACGAGGUGAACGAUUUUUCUACAGGCAUAAAGUCGCUGUGAUAGACGGUACUCCUUGUGAAUCCGAAAAGAAUGAUGUUUGCGUCAAAGGCAAAUGCAUGCAUGUUGGAUGCGAUAUGAUGUUGGGCAGCGAUGCCAAAGAAGAUGCGUGCAGAGAAUGCGGUGGCGACGGUUCAGAUUGCAAUACCGUUACCGGCUUAUUUGACACAGACGAUCUUCAAGUGGGUUAUAUCGAUAUUUUACUUAUUCCCGAGGGCGCGACCAAUAUCGUUAUAAAAGAAAUGUAUCCAUCUAACAAUUAUUUAGCCAUACGCAACACAACCGGACAUUACUAUUUAAAUGGCAAUUGGAGAAUAGACUUUCCGCGCAGCUUGCGCUUUUCCGGCACGAUCUUUCAUUACGCCAGAGAUCCUCAGGGAUUUGCAGCACCCGAUACCAUCACGGCCCUGGGGCCAACGAAUGAGCCGAUUUACGUUGUGUUGCUGUACCAAGACCGCAAUGUGGGGGUGCAUUAUGAGUACAGCAUCCCCAAGAAGUUCUCGGUACGUCCUGAUCCGGAUAGCUACACAUGGGUGACCGAUGAAUUUUCAAGUUGCAGCGUCAGUUGCGGUGGAGGCUAUCAGUCGAGACGAGUAGCUUGUGUACGAAGGCGUGACAAUCAGCCGGUGGAUGAGAGCUUAUGCGAUCCGCAGUUGGAGCCGGCUGACACCCAAAGCUGUAGCGAAGAACCGUGUCCAUCAGGCUGGGUAGAAGGCCCGUGGUCAACUUGCAGCAAACAUUGCGGCGAAGGCGGCGAGCAGACCAGAGAGAUCAAGUGCCAGCAGGUCAUCUCGGGUGGAAUCGCUUCCGUGGUGGAUGAUUCUCAAUGUCUGGAAAAAGUUGGGCCGAAAGGACUUACUAAGCAGGAGUGCAACAAAGACGUGGAUUGUCCACUGUGGCACGAGGGACCCUGGAAGCCUUGCGAUCAUAUAUGCGGGCCUGGUAAACAAACCAGGGUAGUUACGUGCUACAAGAAGGUGGACGGCAAGAUCCAAGUGUUGGAAGAUGAGGCGUGCGAAAUGGAGGUGCCCGAACGUGAAAAAGCAUGCGAGCUGAGACCUUGCGCUGGUCUCGACUGGGUUACCUCGGACUGGAGCGGAUGUGAGGAAAAGUGUGAUCUCAUCAAAGAAACCAGAACGGCCCAUUGCGCUACUCAAGACGGCACAGUUCAUCCAGAUGAUUUGUGUGAUGCAGACAAGAAGCCGGAAUUGGAAAGAGACUGCGAGAAAGCCAAAAAUUGCGAUUUUCAGUGGUUUACUUCACAAUGGAGCGAGUGUUCGGCAAAAUGCGGAAACGGCGUUCAAACGCGCAAAGUGUUCUGUGGCACUUUUGGCGAUGAUACUGUGAAGAAAGUUUCGGACGACAAUUGCGAGCCAGAAAAGAAAUUUGAAGAUACCCAAAAUUGCACCGCUGAAGAACCGUGCAAGGGCGAAUGGUUCGCUGGGCCCUGGAGCAAGUGUUCGGAGCCAUGUGGCGACGGUGACAUGACUCGCAAAGUGAUUUGCAUGAAGGACAACAAGACGGUACCUGUGAGUCAGUGUGAUGCCGAUAGCAUUAUGUUCUCUACCGAAAAAUGCAACGAUCAACCUUGUGAAGAAGGCGUGACACCGAUCGACGAGGAGCCAGGUGAAACAACAGACUCAGGGGAGGAGGAGGAGGAGGAAUGCGAGGAGGAGGAGGAGGAGGAAGAGGAUGGAAAGGCUGCCGGUGAAUUCAGUCUUCCUACGGGGAUGGGCAAACUAAUCGAGCAAACAGAAGCAACGCCUCUGAGUUCGCCGUCUACCGGAAGUGACAUUUACGACACGAUGUUCAGUGAUUCUACGAGAGGCGACAUCUCACCUUCCGAUUUGGGCAGCGGCGAGGGUAGCGGCGACGACGAUUUUACCAUGUUUGAUACUGGCUUCUUCACCGGCAGUACUGUCGAGACCGAUUCUACCGCUGUCGACGAGAGCGAAAGUCCGGUUAGCGGAAUUACGACGGAAGGCAAAACCGGCACAACCGAGUUCGGGACGGAGGUAACCGAGUCGUCGGACAUCACCGAAGGAACCGACGUAACGAUCGAAGGAUCCGGGACUACUAUCGAAGAAGAAUCCGACACCAGCCCCGAAGGAUCCGGCGCGAGCGCAUCUACGGACGAAUUCACUCAAACAUCGGGAUCCGACGGAACAACAGAACAAUCGACGGAUCAGUCCGUCACCAGCGAGUCGACUAGCAAUGUAGAUACUGAAUCGACUGCCAGUGAAGAUUCAGUAACAACAAUCGAAUCCAGUGAUAUGACGACUAAUUCUGAUGUAACAAGCGAAUCGGCUGACACUUCGGAAAGCACGAUUUCUUCUACGACUGACCCGGUAGAAUCUACUGAAACAGAUACGACAAAUACCGAAACGACUGACUCGACAGAGACUGAAACAACACAAACUACCGAAUCCACAGAUACGACCGAGUCUACAGAAUCUCCACCAAGUACAUUAUCUUCAGAGACGGAUACCACAGAAACGACUGAAAGCGAAACCACCUCCGAAACCUCGACUGAGAUGACAUCAACAAUGGUUUCUCAGCUAACAACCGCAUUAAACGUACAAGGCGAGUAUGAUUUCGGUUCCGAGGAACAAAGUACCGACGCUGUAACUACAGCAUCGAGUCAAACCGACGAGAGUUACAGCACCACAGUUAGCGGUACAGAAGACACUACUGUUUCUGGAACAAGUCCAUCGGGUGAGACUGAAAGUACCGGUAGCGAAACAACCGAGUCGGGACAGACUACAGAAUCAGGAGAGACGACUGAGUCCGGUGUUAGCACAGAAUCGGUUGAGAUGACAGAAUCCGGACUGACGACCGAAUCUAGCGACGUUACGACCUCAAGCGCGACAGUCGAAUCCGGCGCGACAGAAUCCAGCGAAAGUACCGUCUCGGAAAUUACGGAAACUACUGAAUCAGCUAUGACGACCGAGUCGGGCGAGACAACUUUAUCAGGCGAGACAACUUUGUCAGGCGAAACGACUGAAUCGACAUCGUCUUUCGAAGAGACAACGGUAUCCGGUGAAACGGAAAUUACAUCCUCUACGAUGAGUGGCGAGACCGAUCUUACCGAAAAGACUGAUAUCACAGAGAUAUGGACAACCAGCUUCCCGGAAGUAACGGCGCGUAAACGGCAAUGCAAGCCAAGGAAGAGCUGCAAGAAAACGCCUUUCGGGUGUUGUUACGACAAUAUCACCGUUGCUCAAGGACCAUUUGGUCAAGGCUGCCCGACACCGCAAACGUGCAACGAGACACGAUACGGUUGCUGUCCCGAUGGCGUGUCGCCAGCCACCGGUCCCAAGAAGAAGGGUUGCCCCGAUUCUCAUUGUAACGAAUCACUCUUCGGUUGUUGUCCCGACGAUGUUACUACGGCACAAGGCAACGAUUACGAAGGAUGCAAGAAACCAUGUAAAGAAACAGAAUUUGGAUGUUGUCCUGACAACGAGACUGCAGCUAGUGGAAAGAAUAAUCUGGGAUGUUGUAAUAUCACCGAGUUUGGCUGCUGCCCAGGUGAUAUGAAAGCGGCUUCUGGUCCUAAUGGCGAAGGUUGCGAGGAAGAAGUCACUUCUGAAACAUCGGAGUAUGAAACAACUCAACACGAAGAUUGUGCAAACACCACUUACGGUUGCUGUCCCGAUGGUAUUACCGUUGCAAAUGGCGUAAACUUUGAGGGAUGCGGUGUGAUUAAUACCGAGAACUGCAGCGCGUCCUACUUUGGAUGCUGCUCUGACGGAGUUUCCCCAGCUCUCGGACCAGACAACCAUGGCUGUCGCAUGCCAUGCGACGAUACCGCUUACGGAUGCUGUGAGGAUGGAGAGACACCGGCGCAUGGACCGAACAACGAGGGUUGCUGCUUAUCGACUCCCUACAAGUGUUGUCCGGAUAACAUUCUGCCAGCUCGUGGACCAAACUUCUACGGCUGCGGUUGCCAAUACACGAGAUUCGGUUGUUGCCCGGAUAAUUCGACGGCAGCGCGUGGACCAAACAAUGAGGGCUGCGGUUGUCACUACACGCCUCACGGUUGCUGCCCGAACCGGUUCACCCCUGCCAGCGGGCCUAAUUUCGAGGGUUGCCCGUGUUACACUUACCAGUUUGGAUGCUGCCCCGAUGGCCUCACUAUCGCUAAGGGCUCCCAUGGUCAAGGUUGCGGAUGCGAGAACACGCAAUAUAAAUGCUGUUCGGAUGGCAGAACGCCAGCUAAGGGACCAAACUUUGCGGGAUGUACGUGCGACGCAUCGCAAUACGGAUGCUGUCCGGAUGGAAUAGAGGAAGCUCAAGGGGAGAACUUCGAAGGUUGUCUCACGGUACCGUCGAUACCUGGUGCUGCGUGCGGUUUGAAGAAGGAUAGAGGCUCUUGCCGAGACUUUACAGUCAAGUGGUUUUACGAUACCGAUUACGGUGGCUGCUCGAGGUUCUGGUACGGAGGCUGCGAGGGUAACGAAAAUCGCUUCAAGACACAGGAGGAAUGCAAAGAAGUUUGCGUACAACCAAAGGGAAAAGCUGCUUGCUUCUUACCAAGAAUCGCUGGUCCUUGCGAAGGAUAUCAUCCAACGUGGUAUUACGAUACUAGCAGGAAGCAGUGCGGUCAAUUCGUUUAUGGUGGUUGUCUCGGCAAUGCUAACAAGUUCAAAACAAGAGAAGACUGCGAAGAACUUUGCGUCACGCCGGACGACGUCGAUCCUUGCGAUCAGCCGAAAGAAGCGGGCCCUUGCGCAGGCAAUUUCACAAAAUGGUACUUCAACCGCGAAUCGCAAGCUUGCGAACAAUUCAUGUAUGGUGGCUGCAAAGCGAACGACAACAACUUCCCGACAGAAAUCGCUUGUCAUCAACAAUGCUUACAGCCAGGUCGAAGGAAAGAUAUUUGCACGUUGCCACGGGCGGAGGGUACAUGCAUGGAGAAGCAAUCUCGAUGGUACUUUGAUCAAUCAGAGAAUCGCUGCAUGCCAUUCUAUUACACCGGCUGUAAUGGCAAUAGAAAUAACUUUGAAUCUAGAGAUGCAUGCGAGUCUGAUUGUCCGCCUAAAAUGGAGCAAGAUGUGUGCCUCCUGCCUGCUCUCCUGGGAGAGUGUCACAACUACACUCAACGAUGGUACUACGAUUCCUAUGAGCAACACUGUCGACAAUUCUAUUACGGUGGCUGUGGCGGGAAUGAGAAUAAUUUCUUGACCGAGCAUGACUGCACCAACAGGUGUGAAGAAGCCAUGACUACACUGCCUCCACCGGGACAAGUCGAGUUCCGGCUAGAAUUCUGCUUCCUCCCCGACGAACACGGUCCCUGCUCCGAUAAUCAAGUCAAAUGGUUCUACGAUAGUCGUGAUGGCGUUUGCAAACAAUUCCGGUACGGUGGCUGCCAGAGUAACGGCAACAAUUUCAACACUCGCGAGGAAUGCGAGUAUCGCUGCGGAGAAGUCCAAGAUCCUUGCAUCCUACCAGAGGUGGUCGGUCCGUGUAACGGUUUCGUGAAGCAAUUCUACUAUGACAAACGUUCAGAUUCUUGCUACGAGUUCGAAUACAGCGGCUGUCAAGGCAAUAAGAAUCGCUUCCAGGAUAAAGAAUCUUGCGAAAGCAAGUGUAAGCGGGGGACGGCUGUUACUCAAGCACCAGCCACGAUAAUGCCACCAAGUGGAGAACCGAAAAGUACGAUCUGUUUGGCACCAGCCGAUCCUGGCGAUUGUGAUAGCAGUAUUACCGCGUUUUACUACGAUGCCCAACAUCAGAUGUGCCAGGCGUUUAUUUAUGGCGGAUGUGGUGGAAAUGCCAACAAAUUUCAAACCGAAGAACAAUGCGAGCGGCUCUGUGGAAAAUUCCAUGGACAAGAUAUGUGUAAUCUCGCUAUGGACUCCGGCCCAUGCAGAGGCGCUUUCCACAAAUAUUAUUAUGAGCCAAGUUUACGCGCCUGCCAUGAAUUCAUUUAUGGUGGAUGCGAUGGUAACGCUAACAGAUUCAGUACAAUUUCCGAAUGCGAAUCUAUUUGCAUACAUCACGAGGAACCUGUACCUCCCGGAAACGACACCAGUGUUUCAAACUUAUCGAUCUGUAAAGAACCAGUUGAUAGUGGCUCUUGCACGUCCGGUUCCUGGAAGCGAUUUUACUUUGACGAGGAACGUCAAACGUGUCGAGCAUUUAUUUAUACUGGAUGUGGUGGCAAUCGCAACAGAUUCAAGACUUUCGAAUCUUGUAUUAAUACUUGCCUUAGGACGAGUAACGAAAUAGAUGUCGAUUCGAAUGAUACGAAAGAUCGGUGCGCAGAAGCCAAAGAAGAGUGUAAUAUUAUCCGUUGUCCGUACGGCAAGGAGCAAUAUGUGGAUUCACAGGAUUGUGAACGCUGCCGUUGCGUCGAUCCUUGCAGAACAAAGAUCUGUCCUGAGAGUACUCGAUGCGCCAUUACGCUAGUCGCUACGCAAGACGGUACAGAAUACAAAGGCGUUUGUCAAUCGAUUGUUAAACCUGGUCGUUGUCCAAGAGUAUCCAACAGCACGAGAUGUGAGCAAGAGUGUGCCACGGAUGCAGACUGUCCCGGAGAAUGGAAAUGCUGUAACAGUGGCUGCGGUACGUCCUGCCUGGAACCCGCACCGGAAGAAUCUUUGACAACGACAUCACGGCCGACUGUUACCCCGCCGCAAUACGGUGGUGAACCUGCGAUGAUUCAAGGACCCAGAGAGUCUAGUGUCAAUGCGCAAGAAGGUGGCUAUGUCACGAUGACAUGUGUCGCACUAGGAAAUCCUAGACCAAAUAUCACAUGGAGAAAGGAUACUACAUUGAUUGGACCUUCGGAGAAAAGACGACGUAUACUACUCGAUGGAUCUCUUCAAAUCAUUAAUUUAUAUACUUACGAUAGAGGAACUUAUGUGUGUAUCGCUGAUAACGGUUUAGGGCUGCCGGUAAGGUCGGAGUAUCACUUGGACGUCACAGAACCAAGCGAACUUCCCGUUGCCAUCAUUGGGGAGCCCGAUACUCGUCUAACAGUGACGAUGAACUCGCCGAUAGCUCUGCAUUGCUAUGCCAUGGGAUGGCCAAGGCCGUUGGUCACUUGGUGGCGUGGCGACCAAAUGUUACCUCUAAAUUCAGACAAUUACGAGCAAGACACCGAUUACACUCUUCUGAUACGCUCGGUAACUCUACCCAGCCUCGGCAUUUACACCUGUCAGGCGUUUAAUGGCGUCGGUACACCGGCCUCUUGGUCGGCGACCUUGCAAGCAAUUGGACCCGUCUACAAUGUUAAACCCGAACAGGAAGAAUACACCAAAUAUCUCGUCCAGCCACCGAAGAGACCCACUACUGAAAAACCGCAGUAUCCUUACAGACCUACCAGAACGCAAUCUCCCGAGCACCAGACCUAUGCUCCCGUUUAUUCCUCGAGACCGCCUUACAUCCCUCAGGUCAUUCCUCUUGUGACCACCACUGAGCCUGGUAGCGCUAAGUACAAAGUGCCAGUCAAAGUCAACGUAUCGGCAGGACAAUCACAGUUCCCUGAAGGCAGUGACAUAAGCAUCGCUUGCACCGUCGACGGUUAUCCUCUUCCACGUGUAGCUUGGUAUAAGGACGAUGAAAACACACCUAUUCAAACGAACAAUCGAAUACAGAUUUCUGAUCUCCAUCGACUUAUUAUCAGCGAUGCAAAUCAGGAGGACUCUGGCCGAUAUCGAUGCGAAGCGGACAAUGAAAUCUCUUCGCAUUCCGAUAGCGUUGAUAUAACCGUAGCUGGUAUCUUCAUUCAUCCCCAUUGCCAAGAUAACACGUUCUUCGCCAACUGCGAGCUUAUCGUGACUGCCAAGUAUUGCACGCACAAGUACUACGCCAAGUUUUGCUGUCGAUCGUGCACAGAGGCCGGUCAGCUGCCGGCGAAAGGACCUCAUCUCGACAACUCAAGAAGAAGAAGGAGAUCUAUUCUGCGAAUGCUCGUAUAAGAUAUGAACUUUUCGGUAUUUCCGACACACGUGAUAGCACAUAUCGAUUCUGGAUCGUGGCCGGCGGGAUUCGCGAUAGAAAAAGAAAAAAGGUAAGGAAAGGAAGUGAUUGCGCGUACCUGCCCUAUCGGACGUGCCGGAUAAUCGACUUGUUAAAUCACUGCCAAAGCCUUAGAGCGUUUAUACAUAGAUAUAAUGUGUGUAUACGGUUCCCAUCUAACAAAUAAGCGUCCGAAAACGAUAUCGCGCCACUUGACCCGCGCGAUCUUGUUCUUCGACGUUUCUAUCCAUGUAUAUACGAUCUGACGCUGAAUCCUAGUCCGACGGAGCCAUAUUAGGCGGGGUAAUUAACUUGUUCUUAAGAGACCAGUGGAAACGUCGCGACCGCGACCGCGUAUCUUCCAAAUGAUAUCCCGCAUUACCGAAGUAACCCAAUGUCGACUGAUUAAGCGCGUAAUUUUGCGGCUCGUAUUAUACGAAUACGUGGGAGACAUUGUUUCUGACUGGUGUUCUUUUAAGUAUAUAUUUUAUGUGUGUGUCGCCAUAAUAACUGUACUUCAGGUUAAUCGUAGAAUAAUUGCCAUAUCUCACAGCAGCGUACCCGCAAUAAUAUAAAUUUCCGUUGUCAAGUCAACACAGCAAAGCUUUCUUGCACCGUCUUGAGAAUACAAUCUGAAGAGUCCUCAUUGAUGCGAAACGAUACAGCCAUUCCUUUCUCACGCGGCAUAAAGUUAACGAGCACGAUAUGAGAAUGGAACGAUAUACAAAGCUUUCUUGCAUAGAACAGUUAUCUAACAAUAAGUCGAGUGUUGUCCUCGUUCAUUGAACGCACUGUAUUGCGUAAUUAAAAAGGAACUUGUACCUAUUUGUACUAAGCGUAUGCGCACACGUUACGUUGUAUAAUAUAAAUAGUUUAUUAUGCAAUAUGCCAUUUAUACUCUAUGAUAUUGUUACUACUUGUUUCUUGCAUUCGCACAUGCGAUCAUAACGCGUGCCGGCCCCAAGAUAAACUCGUUAUCUUUCGUUAUCAUAGAAGUUAUAUACAUAUAUCAUUCUUUUUCUCUAGGGAAAGAACGCUUAACACCUUAAGAGUUUAACACCUUAAAUGUCGAUAGCAGACACGUCUAACGAGACAAAGAUAAUGAAGAAGCAUUAACAUUUAUAUUCAGUUGAGAAUUAAAAUUUUUGUUAUCGUCUCCAAAGAUAAAAAAAAACUUUCAAGUGGACAUGUAGCUUUGAUUCGAUGGACAUUUAAGGGUUCUACUUCCUUUCAGAUCAAUUUGAACUGUACGUACUAAAAUGUUUAUCCGGUGAACACAUGAAAUUGAGAUUGACUGUAAAUGCCCGUUUGAGACUUCGUUAUCCAAUAACAACUUUGAAAGUAAAACUAGGUAAUUUAAACGUAAAGCUUAGAUAUGUGCAAACGAGAGACAUGUAAUUCUAUUUAUGCAAGUGACGCGUAAAUGUCGAUAUAAUUUCGCGCUUGACUCACUUAAUAUUCUUAAAUUAUGCGUCUUAUCGCAACUUUCAUCUGUCGUGACACGCAUGUACAGCCAAUCUGCUAGUUUGUCCAAUCAACUAUUUUCGUGUACAAAUUUGCUGCAAUUUAACAUUCGUUCCUGAAACAUUUUAAUCGUAACUAUUAAUUGUCCGCUAUCGUAAGGCUGCGUUUGGAAACAUCGCCCGAGUGUCCCAGUGUAUCAUCUUAUCCUUAGUUAAACAUUCGGUGAGCAACAAGGAUGAAACAGUAGGGCACUUGGGUACAAGCGCAGCCUUAUCGACAUUCACGAUGUAUCAGGUAGAUCGUAGAAAUACCGAUUAAGUUGACGAUCAUAAACGGGAAGAGAAAAGGUACCAAAACGCAUUUAUAUACACACCGUAAGUGUAAGUCGUAAAUCGAGAUCGUUAUCGGUCAGAAUCGACGUGUCGCAAACCUCUAGGACAACUUCGGAUUGUUCCGCACCCGCACCGAGUCACAGUAAAACGCAGUGCCUUAUUAGAUGACCUUCGAAAGGAUUGAGGAAAGAGUGCUGAAUAUAUACGACAUCUCGUUAGUGUAAAUAGCUGCCACACACCCGCGUAUUUCUUUCCAGCAUGACGUCUGUAUCGUAUCUAUAUAAAAGUAAAUAUAUAGAUUAGAUUCAUCCGGAGAGCAUAUUCGUUCAAGCACGAGCAAGAAUAGUAGCGACGGAGAUAUUAAGUACUCUUCUCCUCUGUAUUCUUCUUUAGAAAUGACCAAGAGACAUGUAAAACCGUUGUAGCGAAAAGUACCGUGUAGCGUAGUAAUCCAUUUAAUUCGAUAAAGCGGUCUAGUAAAUGAUAUAGACAGUCGAUGUUGAUCAGUCGUCCCCGGAGAUUCGCACUUAAUUGCAGAAAAGAGAAACGGAUAGAAGAACGAAGGAGUGCGAAAAGGUAAUUGCGUUGAAAAUCGUAAGGCACAUCCUAGGUGCUACCCGUAUUAAAUUCGUUCUAUUGUAAAUAAUUAUUAUUUACAUCGUGUGAUUCGAGGCAUUUUGUAGCCCCCGAACAUGCCCCCCCGUCAUUUCACGUAUAGAUGUAAUUUUCACACAGCGUUUAAUUUCACGUUAUCACUACGUGUACCACGAAAGGGUGACAUAUCUUGUACAGUAAGUACCGAUGUCCGUAGAUGCGUCUAGCAACGUUAAGAUUACAUCAUGAACCCUUGAGACCGCGAACCUCACGGAUUCGUUGGAACUUACCUCGCGCAUUAAUGACGUCGGUUAUCGAUAAUGAUCCGCUGUCUUCCUCGACACAUCGACAAAGUGUGUCGCACUCGUUUCCUAUCUUGACGUUGCGUAUUUCAUCGCGCGAUCGAUGCUACAAAUUUCGACACAAACUCCUUGUAGAAGAAAUUUGCCAAAAAAAGAGAGAGAGAGAGAACCACGAUUCGUAUCCCUCAUGCGUUAUUAUCGAUAGAGGUAUAGAGCUCAUCACAACAGUGCUACCGUAAAGUCUUAGCAGAUGUAAUUGUAAUUGUAAGUACCAUAGGUAAUGAUUAACAUACAUAUAUAUAAUUUUAAAAUAAAGGUAGAUAUAAAUAUACGAGAGAAUGCCAUUAUCUACGAUUAUUGUAUGGACAAUAAUAAUACAUAAGGUCCUUAAAUAUAUACGAUUACACUGUCAAAA